AAUUAAAAUAAAUAUUUCUUUUCAAUAUCAAUAAAAAAGAAAUAGGAAUUUCAUUAAAAUAAAGAAUAUUGAGUUCGUCAAUUGGAUUGAAUCCAUUUGGAUUGAAAAUUGGGUGCGUUCACGAAAUCAAUUGGAUUGGAUCAACUAGAUCCAUUUGGAUUGGAUUUUACCAAUCCAGUAUACGAUUGAAUAUAUCGUUCCCAACUACCAGUCUACCAUCACAUGUUAUCCCUUAUGUCCCACCUACAUAAAUUUAAAUUUCACUUUACGCGCUUCACGCUGAGAAAACUUUUUAUAAAAAUGAUAAUAAUACGCAAAGUUAAAUAUUGUAAUAAUAAUAAUAAUCUUUUAAUAGAACAGACAGGAAGAAGUAAAACCAAUCAAGUACAAAUCGAGUUGGCAGGUGUAGUAAUACAGAGGCAAAACUGCACAAUAUUCUGCUGAACAGUGCGCGAUUAAAUGGAAAAACAUAAAAAAAAUUAUAUAUUUAACCUUUUUUAUUUUUGUAUCCUAUUAAAAUUAUUUUGUUCAGGAUGAUGUGGAUCAUAGCAAAAAAUCUGGCAAUAAUCCAAUCGAAGUACGAUAUAAUCAGAAGUAGAGGAAUUCUUGAUGGGUUGAUAGGAAUCGUCCAAGUUUAACCCCAAAGUUACUUGAUAGUAGUUUAGAUCUUGAAGCUGGUAUAGAUAAGAUGAUGUCUCAUUUAAUGAAAUAUCUGAUCGAAGAUGAAUCUACUCAAGAAGAAUUACGAAAAGCUAACAGAUCUGAAGUUAAGUUAAACAUAUGUUGGAAGAUCUUAUCUAUCAAAAGAAUGGAAGAACAAAGAAAGAGAGAAACUGAAAGAAAAGAAAGAGAAGAUCGAAGGCAAACAGGAAUUGAGUUUACUAAUUUCUGAUUUGAAUUCUAU